AUGGAUUUAAUUCCUUAUUUUUUGCUGCUAAUACCCGCUCUUGCUCUGGGUAUUAAAGCUUCAGAUGUCGAUGAGGACUACACCGAGGAGACCAAUGCAGAUCGCAGGGAAGUUCAUCUGGACAGAUGCAGUAACCUGACAGAGAAGGAGCUUCCAGCUGACCUCCAUACCUUGGCUUUAAGGAAGUGUUCGUUGACCAAUCUCGCUGCGAUCGACUUUAAUGCGGUGGCCAAUCUCAGUGUAUUACAGUUGCGAGGCGGAAACCUAUAUAUUCUGAAAAGGGAGCUCGUCCCCAAGCUGCCUCAUCUGCAGAUUCUCGAGCUGCAAGAUAACCGCAUAUCUGAUAUUUUCUUUGGUACCUUCGAGGGACUCUCCCAACUAAGGAUGCUCGCUUUGAACCAAAAUCUAUUGGACCUUUUGAACGGGAGUGUGUUCAGGCCUCUGCCGGAGCUGCGACACCUUGACCUAAGUGCCAAUCAUUUGAUCGGUCUGUCGACAUUGAUGUUUACUGGCAACCCAAAGCUGGAGGUAUUGCUCCUCAGGGGUAAUCCCUUUCUCGUGCUGUGGCUCACAACAUUUAUGGCUCUGAAGAAUCUGGUUCUCCUGGACCUACGUAGCUCUGGCAGAUACACGGACUUGGAGCUCUUUAGUGCCGAGACAAUAAUCCUGAAUAACAACAAGAUAUCUCGACUUGAGGUUAUGGGUGAAGUUAGCAAAUUGCAGGCCCCAAACAAUGAGCUGGAGCAUGUCCGGCUGGAGGAGAAGGCUCCCGUCAUCGAACUGGAUCUGCAUGGCAACAAACUGGACACCUAUGAUCUCUCCGAACUACUCAGGGGCAUGUGGAGACUUCAAAUCCUUGAUAUUUCCCAAAACUUCGUCAAGGAGCUUCCUGUUCUCAAGCCUCGCCUUUCGGAGGUCUUUCUUCUACCCAAUCUGAAAUUUGUGAACUUGUCUCGAUUGAUGGCAUAG